AAACUUUUCAUUCACACAAAAUACAACCUUGACGAUAGUGAAUACCGGAAGUCAACUCUUUCUAUUAAAUUAUCAAUCAAUUAACACCCCUUCCAUUUCCAUUCUCAUUCUGUAUAUGAUUGUGAAAUAUAAUUCAGUUGUAUCUAGGUUUGUUUAUUGAUCACGUUAUACAUUUUGUAUCAAACAUUUUCACAAUUUAUUGUAUUGUAGUUGCCUUAUCAAAUAUCACUGAUACAUAUCCUGAUUUUUUUAACUAAUCAGUAUUAUACAGAGACAAAAAGAGAAAGAGAUCUAGAGAAAAUAAGUAACAGAGCUCAUACUGUUGAAUACUUCACUCUGGAAAUAAAAUAGUUCUACAAAUUAUAAAAUACUAAACAAAAAAGAACAAAACAUUAAAUUUGUAUACAAAUAUGCAAGUGUUCAGUACAAUUGUCAUUCAGUUUAUUUUGCUUCUAUACACUACCAAUUAUGUCAUAUCACUUAAAUGUUAUCAGUGUAAUUCACAUAAUGAUAAUGCAUGUAAUAGUAUUACUGAUUCACGAGAACGACCUAAAGAAUGUCCACCACAUCUACAAGCAUCAUGUAAAACUAUAGUUCAGGAGGCACCAUAUAUGUAUAGUCAUAAUGUUACGAAUAGGCCAACUGUACGAAUCUAUCGUGAUUGUAGUGCAAUCUCACCGGAAUUCCCUCAAUGUAUAGACAGAGUGGGUACAGAUAAAGUGAAAAUGCGUUAUUGUAUUUGUACAGAUGAUGCAUGUAAUCAAAGUGUUCUAACUAACAGUGUUCAAGUCAAAUCAAUAUUAAUUUCAACAGCGUUCAGUAUCCUAAUUUAUUUAUUCUCAUUAAAUUAAUUAAGAUUCAGUAGUUUGAUCAAUGUGGUAGAAAUCAAUCAAAUGAAGAGAAAUGAUGAAUCGGAAAAAAGAUUUAUACAACUGUUAUUAUUCUCUCUUUUUUUUAGAUUCUAAACUUAUUAUUACUAAUAAUUAGAUCAUUAGUUUAUAUUCAUUCAAAAUUAUGUACCUAACUAGUAUCUAUAUGAAUCCAUUCAAUGUGUAAUGUAUCUAUCAAUCUAUUAUUCAAUGAAAUUAUUCUUUGAUCUGUAUCUAGUUUGUUAUUCUUUAAAAUCUUUAGCUAUAUAGGUUUAUAUACUGUACUCUCUUAGACUUCAUUUUCUAAUAAACAUAUAAUGAGUAAUUUUAUUUAAUAAUCUGUUUUAUGAGAAGGGUUUUUGUGGAUAUUAUAGUAAUUUCAAUGGUUGAGAUCAUGAAUCAAUUGAAUCUAGACCACUAUGGAAAACCUGGAAGCACUGGACGGCCAUUUUGUCCUAUUAUGGGACUCCUCAGAGGUGAGUAUCCACAAUCCCACGUCGCGAGGUUCGUGCGCGAGACUGAUAGGUCCUGAGUUCGAGUCUCGGGCCAUCGUAAUCUGUUUAAAUCAACGAUUUGUCUGUAAUGGUUAAUGGGAAAAUUAAAUAUGGUUAGUGUUAAUUGAUGAUGAGUUUUAGCAUAUAAGAAAAUAAAUAAUUUCAUUGUUUAAUAAUUUAGAACAAGUGUUUGGAAAUUAUUGUAGGGUUUUGAUGUGAUUUUUCAUAUGUUAUUCAUUAAAAUUAAGAAGUUCUUUGAAAAUUAUGUUUAAGUUGAAGGCAAUUAACCUAGAGAAUUAACUUAACCAGAUAAACAAAGAGCGCUAUUGACAAGUCGUCGUGGUUCAAAAUGAUUUUAACUCGACCACUGAUGAUAAUUAAGAAGCAAGAAACAGCUGUUUCGUCCCAGCGAUACAUACCAAGGAUUUCGUCACUCAUUAUCGAGCCCAGUACCCUCAGUUUGUAGUGUGGCGUCGAGUCGCGGUUGACUAUGAUCACCACUACAAGAAGACUACGUGCCAGUUAACCGAUAAAAUCCCCCGUAGGUCAAAUAUCAGAAGGCAGUUGAUGGCUGUAGUCGAGAUGUAUUUAUUGGCAAUCUCAUGGUAUCGAAAGAAUACCGAGAUCGUGCCAAAGGAGUAAAAAUGUGGUUACUGAGCGUAACCGAAUUCGUGCAAGGCCAUAAUCAACGGAAGAAAGAAUGGAAGAAUAAUGGAUGUCUUUAGUAAAGUUAAACAAACAAGUACAGUAAAACAACCACUGGUACAAUUGGUUAUAAUAAUAAUUGUUUCCAUUAAACCAAUCGCGUUCUCUUGAUAAAAGUAGGUCACUGCAAGUCUAACACGCAAACGCUUAGCCUCUUGACUACUAAGCCGGGACUCGAUAGUGUACGUGUCUAACUUGAAUUAAUUCCCGAUAAUGAGCAAUCGCUUUCCAUAAUCUGUGGUGGAUAAAUUUCACACACGCAACGUGAUUAGACUACACUGGUUAAUAGCUUCUCAUACUUGGACAAAGUAGCUGUCCAAAGUUUUCCAGUUCUAUAAUGGCGAUUAAGCUAAGGUCAGUUCCUAAUUUAAACUUGAAAUAUUCUACAACAUCUAUAACCUCUCCCUCUAAACUGAUCUCUUUAAUUUGUCAAAAAUAGUAUACAGUAUAAUUACAAUUUAUAUUUAAUCGGUUAAUAAAGUCGUAUGACUGACCCAAAUUUAUUUCAUAAGACUACACAAACUGAUUGUGUCAGAUAGAAGUUAAAAUGGUUAUCUCAAU